AUCAAGUGCAAGGCGAUGGUCGCCUUCGGCGUUAACGACCUGCGCGAGGAGGAGGUGAUCGUGGCGCCGCCCAAGGCCGGGGAGGUCCGCAUGAAGGUGAUGUGCAACGCCCUGUGCCACACGGACAUUUACACGCUGAGCGGACAGGACCCCGAGGGCCUCUUCCCGAGCAUCCUUGGCCACGAGGCGGGCUGCGUGGUCGAGGCGGUCGGCGAGGGCGUCACCUCUGUCAAGGUCGGCGACCACGUCGUGCCGGGAUACACGCCGCAGUGCAAGGGCUCGGACUGCAUGUUUUGCAUGUCGCCGAAGACCAACCUCUGCCCAAAGAUUCGCGGGACGCAGGGCAAGGGCGUGAUGCCGGACGGCACCUCGCGCUUUACCCUCGCCAAGGACGGCUCCACCGUCUACCACUUCAUGGGCUGCUCCACAUUCGCAGAGUACACCGUCCUCGCGGAGAUCUCGAUCGCAAAGAUCGACCCAGCCGCGUCGCUAGAGAAGGCGUGUCUCUUCGGCUGCGGCAUCUCGACCGGCCUCGGCGCCGUCUGGAACAACGCGAAGGUCGAGCCGUUCUCGUCCGUCGCCGUCUUUGGCCUCGGCGCCGUCGGCUUCGCCGUCGUUCAGGCGGCCAAGGCGGUGGGCGCCUCCCACAUCGUCGGCAUCGACGUCAACCCGAACAAGUUCGAGAUGGCCAAGAAGCUCGGCUGCGACGUCUGCUACAACCCAAAGGACCACGGCGACGAGCCGAUGCAGCAGGUCUUGGUUAAGAACUCGCCCACCGGCUUCGGGUUCGACUACACCUUUGACUGCACCGGCAACGUCAACGUGAUGCGCUCCGCUCUCGAGGCGGCGCACCGCGGCUGGGGCCAGUGCUGCCUCGUCGGCGUUGCCGCGGCGGGCAAGGAGAUUGCGACGCGCCCCUUCCAGUUCAUCACCGGCCGCCGCUGCUUCGGCACCGCGUUUGGCGGCUGGAAGACGCGCGACGCGAUCCCGAUGCUGACCGACAAGAUGAUGAAGGGCGAGAUCGCCGUGGACCACUUCAUCACCCACCGCUUCAACGGCGUCGGCGAGACGACGAAGGCCAUCGACGCGCUCCACUCGGGCGACUGCCUGCGCGCGGUGGUCCACUACUGCUGACGGACUGACCGCGGUGCCGCGGGCCUGCAGGUGCUAGUGUGGUGGGUGAGUGUGCGUAGGUUGGGUUUCGCAAUGCUUGAAACCGCGUCAACG